AUGGCGCAGUCUCCGAUGAUCUCGGUGCCUCUCAAGGCUACUAACGAGAUCGACUGGGUCGAACCUCUCAAAGGAUACAUCCGCGACACUUAUGGCGACGAUCCCGAACGUUAUGCAGAGGAAUGCGCUACGCUGAAUCGUUUGAGACAAGAUGUGAGAGGUGCUGGUAAGGACAGUACGUCUGGAAGAGAUAUGCUAUAUCGUUACUAUGGACAACUGGAGCUCCUCGAUUUACGAUUCCCGGUAGAUGAGCAGCACAUCAAGAUAUCCUUCACAUGGUUCGAUGCAUUCACUCACAAGUCUACUGCUCAGUAUUCACUUGCUUUUGAAAAAGCUUCCAUCAUCUUCAAUAUUUCCGCGGUUCUCUCCUGCCAUGCUGCUGCCCAGGAUCGUGGUGACGAGUCCGCUCUUAAGACUGCAUACCACAACUUCCAAGCCUCUGCUGGCAUGUUCACUUACAUCAACGAGAACUUCCUUCACGCGCCAUCUUCCGAUCUCAGCAGAGAGACUGUUAAAGCCUUGAUCCAUGUCAUGCUCGCGCAAGCCCAAGAAGUCUUCCUUGAGAAGCAAGUUGCUGAUAAGAAGAAGAUUGGGCUGCUUGCUAAAUUGGCUUCCCAGGCUGGCUACCUGUACAGCCAAGCUCUCGAAGGGGUGCAAGAGAAUGUCACCAAAGCCAUCUUUGAGAAAGUUUGGUUAUUGAUGGUCCAGAUCAAAACCAACCUUCUCAACUCCAUGGCACAAUAUUAUCAGGCACUAGCGGAUGACGAAGCAAACCAGCAUGGCAUUGCUGUGGGACGACUACAAGCUGCCGAGGCUCAAGCAAAGGAAGCCGAGCGUCUUGCGAGGAGCUUCCCUAACUCUGUUCCCAUGAGCUCGAACCUCAGCGCCGAUUGUGGAGGAUUUCUCCAGGAAUUGACCAAGAGACAUCUAUCAACAGUUUCAAACCAACUACAGAGUGCCUUGAGGGAUAACGAUUAUAUUUACCAUCAAGAAGUACCCGCUGAAGCGAGUUUGGAAGCUGUCCCGAAGCUUCCUGCCGCAAAGCCCAUUCCCGUCAGCGAGCUGUAUGCCGGUCAGGAUAUUCAACGCAUUACUGGACCCGAUCUUUUUGCGAAGAUUGUGCCGUUCGCCGUUACGGAAUCGGCGAGUUUGUACGAUGAAGAGAAGGCCAAGUUGGUGCGGGCUGAGGCUGAGCGAGUGGACACAGCCAACGGCGAGAUGGCAGCCAGUUUGGACUAUUUAAGGCUUCCGGGUGCAUUGCAAGUUCUAAAGGGUGGGUUUGACCAGGAUAUUCUGCCCGAUGAGGACUUCCGACAAUGGUGUGAAGAUGUUUCCGACCAGGAGAACCCGGUGACUUUGUUCGAUUCAUUGAAGACCGAAAAGGACUCUAUUCUCACGAUUUUGGACAAGAGUACAAAGCAACUCGACAUGGAAGAGGGCGUAUGUGAGAAAAUGCGCUCCAAGUAUGAGAACGACUGGACCCAGCAGCCAAGCUCUAGAUUGACAACGACGUUGCGGGGCGACAUCCGCCACUAUCGCGAGGCUUUGGACGAAGCAUCGAGGAGUGACAACCAACUGGCGGGUAAACUGCGACAGAAUGAGAUGGACUUUGACGAAAUGCGACGGGCUGCUAAAUCGGGCGAAGUUGACCAGCUUUUCCAACGUGCUGUGGCACAGGCACGAGCGAGAAGCAGUAAUGCUACUAGCCCGGCCGGCAUUGAACCCAAUCUUUUGGAUGAUGAUUUCGAUGAAGGACCAAGCGUGGUGGAUCAAAUCAACAGAGUGGAGGAUAUCCUCAAGAAGCUGAACCUCAUCAAGCGAGAACGCAAUCAAGUGUUGAAGGAUUUGAAAGAAAAGGCUCAUAACGAUGAUAUCUCACAAAUUCUUAUUUUGAACAAGAAGUCGAUAGCCAACUACGAGCAACAGUUGUUCGAGCAGGAAUUGGAAAAAUUCCGACCUCAUCAAAACCGACUUUUACAAGCCAACCACAAGCAGUCAGCUUUGAUGAAGGAACUGACAAGCACGUUUAACAGACUGCUGCAAGACAAGCGAGUUCAAUCAGAACAGACCAAAUAUGAGGCUAUUCAGCGACAACGAUCGUCAGUCAUUAACCGAUAUAAACGAGCGUACCAGGAGUUUCUUGAUCUGGUUGCAGGUUUGCAAAGUGCCAAAAACUGGUAUGCGGAGAUGCGCGAGACAGUGGAGAGCUUGGAGAAGAACGUGGAUAGCUUCGUCAACAACCGUAGAUCAGAAGGAGCGCAAUUGCUCAAUCAAAUUGAGCAGGAACGGUCAUUGAACAAAAACUCACAGGCUGAGAUGGAACGCGAGAGACUGAAAGGGCUCAUGGAUCGAAUGUCGAUAGAUCCAAAUAAGUCAUCACCGCAACCUCAGCAAAAUCGACCAACACCCCCGGCGCAGUACCAGCAGAGUCAAGCUCCUCGAUACCCUCAGACCAAUUACCAAGGGCAAUAUGGGCAGCCGAACUCACCACCACCUCAACAGCAGACGCUGGGUCAACAACAAGCUUACCAGAACUUUUCACCGCCGCCAACAACAACCACACAGUCAUUUGUACCGCCUCCUAUCAAUACUUUCGUCCAGCCUACAUAUAACCCUAGCCAGUAUGGACGUACACCAGGACCUACAUCGCCUCCCCCGAACCAAACGUCGUUCAAUCUUGGAGGUUACCGGGGCCCCGCAUCGCCACCUCCAAACCAGACAUCAUUUGGACAAACCCAAUCGUUCGGCGGAUAUGGAGCGUCAUCGACACCGCAGACACAAGGAGGCUACGUACCGCCCGGAUUUGUGCCUCCUCCUCCUCCACCUGGACCACCACCACUGGGACCUCAGCAGACAUUCCAUUAUGGCAACCAACCUAACAGCGCGCAUCCAAACAGUGCUUAUCCACAUAGCGCGCAUCCUCAGCCGCCGCAGCAACAGCAACAGCAGCAGCAGCAGCAGCAAAACGAUCCUUGGGCUGGCUUGAAUGCAUGGAAAUAA